UUCUGAGCUCUAAACGUAUCUACAGGCUACCAGCAUCUUUCGCUCCACUUCCUCCACUCCUCUUUCAAGCAGGAAGGGUAAAUGAGGCAUCUGCAUACUCCCACACAGCAACUAAGCUUCUGCAAGUGGUAACAUCAUUAUUAACAUAAGCUAGUAUUCAGUAACAGCCUGCUUUGAUAUAUUCGCGGCAUCUUCUUCCAGCUAAACUUCCACAGUUGAUGGUGAAGAAGAGAGAGGAGGGAGGAGGAACUGAGGAGGGUGGGAGGUCUGUGCAUGAGCACGUAGCCUGCUUACAAAUGAACACAACCAAACUCGGACAGUGUGAGUGAGUUUGUGUUGCAGCGCUCUGCCUCUCUUUUCUCCCCCGAGUCGUCUCCAAGGUUGCAUCGGUCUGCGGUCUCAUCGCUGCUGAUGUGGCUGCUCCACUUCCGACCGACUUCCCGGCUGCUCCGCACAGCCGGAGCCCGACGACGAGCGGCGCCCCCUCCCCUUCCCCCUGCUGCUGUGUCAAAAGAUUAACAGACAGCAGCAGACCCCGACACUGCGGGAAGCGACACCCGGAGAUUCGGAUCCAGAUAGAGCCUCUGCUAACACACUGGAGAGCAAAACGAGGGUCGGGACGGAGAUAACGUGCCACGCCGGAGCUGCGCGGACGAGGAAAUCUUGAUAACUAUGGGUCGGGUUUUUUAUUUGCUCUUGUUAAAAACAACUGCUUUGGUGUGGCAGAAGCAAUGACUUUUUCUCUCGAUGAGCCUCUCUUUCUGUGUACAAACACCCGGACAGUGACACUUUUAUCACCGAGCUCAGUUCAUCACCGACAUUAAAAGACACUUUAUUGGUCACCGACAGCGCUUCUGCCUGGGAUUACUUGCUGUAAAUCAAACCAGAACGAUCGAGCCCAAGUGCAAGGCGAAUGGUUUGGGCAUGGUGCCCACGCCCCAGGUGUGCGUAUCAACCCUGGUCACAGUCAGCACGAUGGCAGUGGUGGACCUCUACCUGCUGGAGCAGAGCAUGCUGGGCGCUCGAGGACUGUCAGGACCCAGCAUGUGGCAGUAUGCGGCGGUGCUGCUGGGUGAUGUGGGCUUCCUGCUUGCGCUCCGCUUUGUCUCAGCUGGAGUAGUUUCAGAGGCACGGUCACCACGCCGCGGUUUUGCCAAUGCGCUCUGGUUCCUGUUCCUGUCCCUCCUCCAGCUGAAGCUCUUUUUUGUCUGCCAUAACUACCGGCAGGAGCGUCGGCCGCCUGAUCCACUGGCCAGAAAAACGCUCACACUGCUCUUAUCCAUCUGCCUGCCCUCCCUGUUUCUCAUUCUGACGGGAGCUGAUCACAUGACCCCGCAACGCAGGAAGCAGGAGGUGCGAAGUAGGCUCCUGUGGGUGGUGGUUGACCUGCUGGAUGUGCUGGACUUGCAGGCGGGACUUUGGGAAGCCCAGGGCGGGUCGACAACGGGGACUGGGGGGAUAAUUGAACAAAAGCUGCCCAUCUGGGCCGAGGGCCUGGUUUUCUUUUACUGCUACGCCCUCUUGCUGCUGCUGCCGUGUGUGGCGCUAACAGAGUUGGGGGCCACUGGCCUGCCAGGACAGAGAGGACCCCGUAAGGAGGCUUUGUAUCCCUGGCUUAGCUUGGUCACCAUCAACAUCUUCACCCUAGCCCUGAGGGGCACAGGCAUGCUGUGGUAUAGGGACCCCCGAGUGUCUACUGUGUUUUUGGGGAAAAACCUGCUGGCUCUGGCUUUGAAACUAAACUCAGCUUGGGAGAGACACAAGCAGGAGCGCGGUGCUGCAGGAGCUAGGACUGUGGCUGGAGCAGAACCAGAAGGCUCCACUGUGCCAUGCCAGAAUUCAGAGCAGGAAGAGGGCCAGGCUCAGGGGAAAGCUCCUCCCUCUCAUUAUCACACACUGUCUCGCUCCCAAAGCCACACUCUCUCCCACGUCAGCUUGGAGCCAACAGCAACGCCUUUAGGACCCUCUUUCAUCUCCCAUGAACUGUAGAGAAUCACUCUGCACGCAUGCAAAAAUGUAUGAGUGUACACCCAAACUUAAAAUUUGAUUUGGACCAGCAAAGCCAGUAUCACAUCCCAGCUGAUAACUUGGAUGGAAUCGGAGUAAAACAGUGAUGGAUAUAAUGCUGAGCCACGGAAAUGCAUUGGACAAGCUCGGCCGUCUGUGCAUUCUGUUGUGUAAAGAAGAAGUCAAAAUGCAUUGUGUGAUUUAUGAGAGUGCACUUGUAUAUUUAACACUGUGAGCACAACUAUCAGUUUGAAAAGGGUACGCUAAAAAUGUGGAGCCAAGUAGUGUUCACUAUUGUAUAAUGAAGGGAUAACUAGUUUACUCAAGUUUUUUUUAGCUAUAAAUUUGUUAUUUGAGAUGUGUUUUCCUUGACAUUUAUAACUUAACUUUAUUUUGAUUUCUUGCUAAACAUCCGUUAAUAUCUGAACUUGAUUUUUGUGGUUCUGUGGAUUAACUGCCUCCCAAAAAAGUCCUUAGAUGUCACAAUAAUGACCCAGACCUUUCAGUGUGCAUUUUCAUACAUUUCACAGGGGAACUUUCUUGGAGAAAAAGUUUAAUUCAGAGGAGUGAUGGUUAAUUUUUUUUUUUUCUUUGAGUUCCACCGAGGCAGCACUCAACAGCCAUCUACCAGUAAAACUCUCUUUUAAUGCAGUCCGCCAGUAAUCCUUUAAAUCUAAGUCUUCUCACAGCCUCAAGUGAUGUUCUGUUCGUUGUUUGGUUUUACGUGUCUGAAGAAGUUAAAUUACGCAGUUUUUCCUAAUAUAGAGAUGGAAAUGUUAGAUAAGAUUAAAGAAAACAAUAAAUGGAGUAAUAACGU